UGUGUGUUCGUAAUGAUGAAGGGUAGUGAGAUUUGGAUAUUCCGGUAUCUGGUUUGUGGUUUGUUGGUUUUAUCGAUGGUUGGAGUAGUAGCAGUUCAAAGUGAGGGAGAGAAUGCCGGCGAAGAUUUGCAGCAACAAGAAGCAGAUAGAGUGAAGGGUUUACCCGGACAAGCGCCGGUGAAUUUCCGUCAUUUCGCCGGAUAUGUCAAUGUCCGACCACAAGAUGAGAAAGCUUUGUUCUAUUGGUUCUUCGAAGCUGAAGAAGGAGUCGCAGAAAAGCCUCUAGUGCUCUGGCUCAAUGGAGGACCGGGUUGUUCAUCUGUUGCUUAUGGUGCUGCUCAGGAGUUGGGACCAUUCUUGAUACGAAAUAAUCAAUCUGACCUCGUACUCAAUAAGUUUUCCUGGAACAAAGUUGCAAAUCUUCUGUUUGUGGAGGCUCCAGUAGGUGUUGGUUUCUCAUACACAAACAAAACUGAAGAUUUAGAGGCACUAGGGGAUGGAGUUACAGCUAAGGAUUCAUAUGCCUUCCUACUGGGAUGGUUCAAGAAAUUCCCAAGUUUCAAAUCUCAUGAAUUCUACAUAGCUGGAGAAAGCUAUGCUGGCCAUUAUGUUCCCCAACUUGCAGAACUCAUUUAUGAAAGUAACAAAAUUGCAAGCAAAGACUCAGUUAUUAACCUCAAGGGUUUCAUGAUAGGGAAUGCUGUAAUUAAUGAUGAAACAGAUCAAAUAGGCUUCAUCGAAUUUGCUUGGAGUCAUGCAAUUAUUUCAGAUCAGCUAUAUCAUAACAUACUCAAGGAAUGUGACUUCAAGAGUAAUAAAGGAAGUAGCCUUUGCAAUACAUACAUCAGGAGCUUCUUUCAAGCUUACUCAGAUAUUGACAUUUACAGCAUCUACACACCAGUUUGCCUCCGGUCCGGCGAAAUUACCCGAAAGUUGGUGGCUGGUGCUCGAUUAUUCGGUAAAAAUGAGCUAUGGUAUAAGAUACCAUUAGGUUAUGAUCCUUGUACAGAAGUCUACACAGAGACAUAUUUCAACAGAUUAGAUGUUCAGUGGGCUCUACACGCCAAUGUUACCAAGCUGUCUUACCCGUACACAACUUGCAGCAAUGUUAUAGGGAAAUGGAAUGAUUCAGCAGACACUGUACUUCCUAUAAUCAAAAAGCUUUUAGGGGCGGGAUUGCGUAUCUGGAUCUACAGUGGGGACACGGACGGGCGAGUACCGGUAACAUCGACGAAAAACAGCUUAAAUGAGUUGCGAAUUCCGAUAAAGGAAGCAUGGAGGGCGUGGUUCCACCGGCGUCAAGUAGCCGGGUGGGUGGUUACGUAUGAGGGUGGCCUAACCUUUGCAACAGUGAGGGGAGCGGGUCACCAGGUUCCGGUUCUCAAACCCGAUCAGGCCCUUUUCCUCUUUUCCAAUUUCCUUUCGGCCAAAACCUUGCCCCCUUCUCGCUUCUAGUGAUCAUGAAACAAUAUAUAAUUAUAUAAAUCUCUCUCUCUCUCUCUCUCUCUCUCUCUUGUUAUUGUUACAUUAUAGCUGCAAUAAAUAGGGUAACGAUU